AUGGAGUCUGCUGCUGCCGCCCCGCAGCUACCUGAACCCGUUCACCUGAGCGAUCCCCCAUGUUACCCAAGACAGUCAACGGUUUCUAGCUUUACCGCGUCGAACUGGCCGCUUGACGAUGAAAAGACUGUUCAUCAUGGUUUCGGUUUCCAGACCACCGAGCUGAAGAGGACCAACAGUCACGACAGCUCAUCAACAGCCUUUGAGAAGGACCUUAAGCAUGUCGAUUCUUUCGAGUCGUCCUUCGACGAUCAGGCAAAGGAGAAGGUCAAGGAAGGUAUUCUCUACCACGAUGGCCAACUUAUCCUGCAACCCGCGCCGACCCAGGACCCGCGGGACCCUCUGAACUUGCCUCUGUCGCGGAAGGUCAUCGCGUGCGCCUGCCUGUGUUGCUUCGGCGCACUGGCCGCCGCAGCCGAGCUGAUCUUGGGCGCAAUGCUUCCUGUGUUCGCCCUCGAGUAUUCAGGCCUCGACCCCAAACUCCUCAAGCCGUUGACUUCGAGUGGCGGCCUUCCCGGGGGCAGCGACCCUUUGAAGAUCCUCGCCAAUCUGCCCGGCGCGCCACCAAUCUUCCAGAUCUACCUACUAGCUUCGCUUCCCGUCUUGAUCAUAGGCGUGUCAAACUUGAUCCUGGUGCCGAUGGCCAUUUCUGUUGGCCGUCGUCCAGUCGUUCUUGCAACAGGUUUGCUUGCCGUCAUUGGAUGUAUUUGGUCUGGAAGCAGCCAGUCUUUGACCUCGCAUUUGCUGGCUCGCUGCGUUCAAGCGAUUGGCGCCGGCACUGUUGAAAGCUUGGUUCCAUUCAUCAUCCAAGAUAUGGUCCACGUUCACCAACGGAACUCCUGGAUCUCUGGAAUCUUUGCAAUCCAGGGUCUUAUUAUUAUUGUACUAGGCAUUUCAGCGCCAUAUGUCAUUAUUAAUUUGAGCUGGCGCUAUAUGUAUUACAUUACAGCUAUCAGCGCAGCUUUCUUCCUAGUUGGAGUAUAUUUCUUCCUGCCGGAGACCAAAUGGCACCGAACGCGUGCAGAGAUGAACGGUGUUCCUCGCGAUGAAACUGGUCAGAAGCAUUCACCAAGAACUUUCCGGUACAACAUUGCUCUAUUCCACGGCAAAAUGGAAUGGAGAAAGGGCUGGAAUGCUUUCAUCGAUACGCUUCGCACGUUCUUCUACCCGCAAAUCUUCUUCAUUACUAUGCUUAACAGUGUCAUGAUCGCCUGUGCGUUUGCUGCUGGAUACACUGUUGCUCCGGCUCUUUUGACAGCGCCUUGGUCAUGGGACUUCAUGUUGCUUGGUUUGUGCCUCCUACCAGUCCUCAUUGCCGCUGUUGCCGUCGCUUUUGUUACUGGAAGCGCUGCCGACUGGAUGGCCAAUCGACUUGCUAAGAAGCGCGGGGUCCGUGUUCCGGAAAACCAGCUCAUUAACCUAGUUUUUCCAACUAUCGCUGGUAUCAUCGGCUCCAUUUUGUUCGGCCUGGCUGGUUCAGACCAAGACAACUACUCCUAUGUCACGUUUCUUACUGGCCUUGGGUUGAUGGCCUUCGGAUUCUUGGGCGCUAACAGUAUUGGCGCCGUCUACGUUCUAGAGUGCUACCCCCAUCUUGCGGGCCCGGCUUUGGUAAACAUUGCUUCAUUCCGAUGCUUAUUGGCUUUUGCGCUUUCUUUCAAGAUUUCAGACUGGGUUGUGGAGAUGGGAUACUUCAACGCGAUGAUGAUCUAUACUGGACUCAUUUCUGGCUUCGCCGUCUUUAUCCCGGUGGUGUACUACUAUGGGCCUGCCUGGAGAAAGAGGUGGCCUGCCGACAACUUUGGCGAUCAGAUGUAA